UUUAUACACAUAAGGAUAGGAGGUGGAAAGACGUGUUAGUUACGUAAAUCUCUUCGUUGGUGAGUACGUUGUCUCGUUAAAACAUCGGAAGGUCGAAAUUACAGCCAACAUGUCUGACGGCGUGCAGUAUCGACCUAUGAAAUAUCCAUACACUAUAGUUGCAAAAGUUGCUCAGUUCCCAUAUAAAUAUUAUUGGAAACAUUCCUGGUUGUUCAAAUAUUUGAUUUAUUCCACGGUAUUAUCAGCGCCCAUAUUUUAUAAAAUACAAAAGAUAUCGUAUUCUCCUGCAAAUGUCGAGAAGUGGGACAAAAUACAUAAGGAAAUGUUCGAAGGCACUGGUGAUCAUCAUUAAAGUAUAAAUGCAAUGAUGUUAGAUAAAUAUGCGUUAAUAUUGAUAAUACGUAUAAGAGAAAAUUAAUGUAAUCUGUAUGGCAUAAUUAGAAGAAAUAAACUUGA